CAAUUUCGUCGCCAAACUGAACCGUGAGAAACGCGAUGAGUUCUUUUACUAACGACCAAGUGAUCAACCUACUGGUUUUGGCUGCUUUGUGCGCUUCUGCCAUUCUGACAGCGUUUCUAAUAACCUUGAUUGUAGUAGUGUUCUGCCUUCGUUGGUAUGUCCGUAGACGAUCCAAGGACGCGCUACCACAUCUACGCGCUGUUCCUAAAAAAGGACAAGACAUUCGGCCAGUUGUGGUGGGAUUUUUUCACCCUUAUUGCAACGCGGGAGGUGGCGGAGAGAGAGUGUUAUGGACUGGAAUUCGUGCGUUACAAACUCGUUACAACUUUGUCCGUUGUGUUAUUUACACAGGCGAUCCGUACGUAAGCGGAGAGGAAAUACUUCGAAAGGCUAGACAACGGUUUAACAUUUCUCUUCCUCAGCCUGUCGAGUUUGUAUUUUUAAAAAGAAGACGCUGGGUGGAGGCAAGCAUGUAUCCUUACUUUACCCUUCUGGGGCAGAGUAUUGGAUCACUAGUUCUUGGCUGGGAGGCUCUGAACUGCUAUUUGCCAGACAUUUUCGUGGACACAAUGGGGUAUGCAUUCACUCUACCGCUGUUUCGUUAUCUUGGUGGCUGCCAAGUUGGCUGCUACGUUCACUAUCCAACCAUCAGCACUGAUAUGUUGUCUCGGGUUGGAGGCAAAACAGCUUCUUACAACAAUGCUUCUUUCAUUAGCAACAGUCGCAUUCUAAGCACAGUCAAGUUGUUCUAUUAUUACUUAUUUGCUCUGAUGUAUGGUCUAGUUGGGUCUUGCUCUCAAGUCGUCAUGGUGAAUUCAACUUGGACUUAUGGCCACAUACUCUCCCUUUGGAGGAAGAAAGAACAAACAUCAAUAGUUUAUCCGCCAUGUGACACAAAGGCAUUUAUGGAAAUACCAAUUAAAUUAGGAAGAGUUGCUGGUAAUGAUGAUGAUGAUGAUGAUGAUAAUGUUUAUUCAAUAGUGUCUGUAGGACAAUUUAGACCAGAGAAAGAUCAUCCACUCCAACUUCGAUCCUUUCACGAGUUCCUAAAACACAAAAUGCUCAAAGACAGGCACAAGUAUAAACUUGUCCUAGUUGGUAGCUGCCGAAAUCAAGAAGACUCUGAUAGAGUGACGGCACUCAAGGAACUAGCAACCCAGCUUGAAAUCCAAAGCUAUGUUGAGUUUGCUUUGAAUGUUUCUUUUGAGAAACUAAAGCAGUAUCUCGCAGAAGCCUCCAUUGGUCUUCACUCCAUGUGGAAUGAGCAUUUUGGCAUUGGCAUUGUGGAGUGCAUGGCAAGUGGAUCUAUAAUCUUGGCACAUGAUUCAGGGGGACCAAAAAUGGAUAUCGUCAUUGAAUGGGAGGGAAAACCAACUGGAUUUCUCGCCAGUGAUGAGAAAAGCUAUGCUGAUGCUAUGGAGACAAUCUUUUCUCUCUCUCCGGAAGAGAGAAGUGUUAUUUGUCACAAUGCAAGGCAUAGCAUUAGCAGAUUUUCUGAAAAGGCUUUUGAAAAUGGAUUUCUUCAAUGCACUGAGCCAUUGUUCAUGAAUGUCUAGGGACUUAGUGGAAAUUAGCCCUAACAAUGUCAACUUCUGAUAAUGCUAGAUUCUCCUCUAUAAUUGCCUUUUGCUAGUGGAGAAAAAUGUGAAUUUGAAUAAGAUCUAGAUUCCAGGCUUGAAGUAAGUAGCAAAAGUAUAUGUACGUGUAGCUAGAAUUUUGACAUUAUUUUCUUGUGUUGUCAAUGUACAAUAACUGUGUUUCUACCUGUACAUACAGUUUUCAUGACCUAUUAUCUUCUAGAGCCAGGCAAGGUCUUAUUACCUCACUUGGAUGGAGUCAUAGUUGUAACUGGAGUUGUAAGAGUGCUUAUGACCCAGUAUAAAUCCAAAAUGGGAGUCAUACAUAUGUAAGCUUGAUAGAAUUGGAUUUGUACAGUUGGUCAUAAGCAACAGAUCAUAUUAGCAGAAACCUGUUUAAAUUACUAGAUCGUAAUGCUCUACACAGUCUAAGGGCUGUCAUUAAAAGGCGGGGGCUGGGGAUUUCCCCUGGCUACUACAAUAAUUAUUAUGAACGUGGCCCAUGGCUACUUUCAAGGAAAAUAGAAGAAAAAUAGAGCCAAAAGAAACCCCUAGCCGUUUGAUUCCCUGCCUAUACUUGUUGCAUUUACCCCGCAACUUGAAAUCUUAGUGACAACCGUGCAGUAUUCUGGACACAACUCUGAUUCCAUCUCCUUGGCCUGUGAAAUCCAGCCUCUAAAACAUGCUGAAAAUCUCACCAUUGAGGUCAAUCAAUGCCUACAUGUAACACUUUUUUCACAGAGCUCUCUGAUUGAGGCGGCAUGUAUAGUGUAAUGCUGCAAGUGACUCUUUGUCUAGAUCAUUUUGAGGGAAAAUAUAGAAGCUAAGUGGGUCAAAAGUCACCUGGGGAUUCUUCCCAUGUACAUGUACCUCCUUACUUGUUGGACAAAGGUUUUGCAAAGGUAUUUCAAAAGAGUAAAAUAAUAUAACAUAAUUUAUAUGAUUUGGUAUUAGAGGUCAGGGUGUGUAUAUGGGUAAAUGCAGUAACUUUGAUCUCAGCUAUGCGUAACAUACACCCCACUGGCCUAUUGUACACAUUGAAGUCAUAGACAACCUUGUACCUAGAGUCUUCUGGGUUUUUGGUCAGCGGGGCAACACCAGGGAAGACUCUGGAACAAUAAAAUUUUCAUCACCAGAAAACAUGGUAAACAGUCUUAGUGCACAUACAUCAGUGCAAAACGGAAGUGAUUCUCUCAGUUGUACACAUGAUCAAAGGGUCAGGAACAAAUUUAUGCUCAUUGGUUUCCAGCAAGAGCAAGUGAUGAAAUGGAGUGUCUAAGGGCCCUUUGCUUGAAAACAUAGUUUUUCUCUGAUUUUCUGCAUGCUCUGAUUGGUUGGAUCUCAUGGUUCACUGAGUUCCUAUCAUGCCUCCACUGUGUCAACUGCUGACUACAUUGUAAGGCAGUAGUUUAAAAUAAUGCAGUAUCAACUUACAGCAGGUUAACAAACUUGGGUUAGAAACGAGUUAGGGCUCACAGAAGGUUAGUUUAAGCUUGCGUUCAAACAGACAUGCCGGCGUAAAGUGAGUAGAAUUAAAAGAUACUUCCAACCAUAUUUUUUCUCAGAAAUUGCUUACUUGGGGAUAGAUAAUCAAUGGCUGUUGUAUGUAGCUAGCUUUUAGUACAGGUUAAACUGUAAGUAAAGAAAUACAGUUAUGUCAAGCAGUUUUUUGUACUGUUGGUUAUAAUGGGAAAGAAUAGAGUCCAGUUACAUAUAGGUGUGUUAUCUUGGAUUGACAAUAGUAAAACAGAAUCAAAAGAAUGAGCAUAAUUAUACUGGGGGUCCAGUUUGUUGUAAACAGCAUGGAAAAUAUAUGACCACAGAUGGUUAAGGAGACAAUACACAUUUUUGUCGUAGGUACAUGUAGUCAACUUCCAAAGUAGUCUCCUUCAAAAGAAGACUCCUGGGUUCAAACCUUUCACAGGUGUAAUCAAUUUGUCAUCAUUAAAACAAAAUUUGAC